CAACAUGACCGACCCCUCCUCCUCCUCCGCGCCAAACUCACCUUUUCCGCUCUCUCUGCGACCAUGGCCCAACCAAGGCGAAAAAGACGAGCCGCUGAUCAUCCAAUUGGCGCGCAUAUCGCAUCAGUUUGGCCAGUACAGACAUGUCACCGAGGAAAAACUCCAGGGCAUGAUUAUCGAUGAGGAGGCCGGCAUUGUGCAGACUGCCGAGGGCCAGGAUGAAGAAGAGGAAGAGACUGCCGACGACGUGAAGAAGCGCGUCGAGGAACUGGCCAAGGCCAAGGGCGAGAUGUUUAGACACAUCAAUGACGCCCAACAAGAAGUUCUCUACGCGAUCGAUUUCCUAGGCCUGCUUUUGUCAAAAGACAGCGCACGAGCCAAAGACCAAAUGUCGCCUGCUUUGAAGACCAGCGGAAUACCGGAAGGCUCUUUUGGGUACGACAAAUGGCCUGUGAAGCAGCCCGAUGCACGACAGAAAAAACAAGAGGAUCUCGUCGCCAAAGGCUGGACCAUGGACAGUUUGGGCACCUCGGCGGAUAACCUGCUACAAGCCGCGACCAGAUUGGAGAAGGAGGUUCGCAAGGAAACACAAUAUUGGGGACAGAUUUUGUCUAUCACAAAGAAAGGAUGGUCGCUCCGCCGCGUGCCCCGCGAACCCGGUACCUUGGGUGUUUCGUUCGGUUUUGCAGAAGCUAGCGAUCAGUUCAAGGCUCGUGGUUUUGCGCCCCUGCGCACCAGAGACGACGGGAGCAUCAUUUUGGACCAAACCCUUGUGCAGCAGCCUAAAUCUGUUCGUGUGCGCAUUGUCCAGGACGGCAAGGUUGUGGGCUCUUCCCACCAAGGCAGCCUGGCGUUUGCUCCCCACAGCGACCAAGAAAUCGAAGACCUCAUCCGGCGCGCACGCGACUCCCUUUUCGAACAGGAACUGUUUCAUGAGAUGGCUAUGGAAACACGAGGCCUUCUCUCCAACAAUGUUCGCUUCCGUGACAACGUCAUCAUAAUACCGACAGGCCUGGCUCACGAGUCCGAGGACGAAGUCCGAAGGGAAAUUCACGUGGACUUGAUACUUUUAGAAGAAGCAGAAGAGCUAUUACCAGAUCACACUGAUGACCAACUAGCCAGGGACAUUGCUGUGGCGCUCCGCAUGCUGCUUUCUCAUGCUCACAGACAAAGGCUGAAGCGGCGCUCUAUGCCACCAGCCCCUCUAACGGAACGUAAGAGGGUGGAUCAGCCGCCGCCUAUGAUUCGGACACUUCUGAACUAUAUCCACCACUAUGCUGCUACGAAUCAUCUAAGGAGCUAUCUUGAAGCCCAUAGUCGUGCGCUCACUAAAGCGGGCCUUCAGCUCUCGUUCGACCUCGAGCGGACACAGUCCAACAUCAAGGAUCUCAUGGAUGAGAAACGCUCCGCCAUUUCGCGUGUUACCUUUAUCGACAUGAUAAUGUCGGCCUUGACUCACCCUUUGCAAGCUACUUUCAGUAUUACCCUUCCCUCCUCCGCAAGCGAUUCAAAACCGCAGCAAAUCAAUAUUGUUCUGCGCACGCUCGUGCAGCCACCUAUUCAAGGGACUGAAAUUAUGGUGUCGUUACCCGCGACACUGACCCGCCUCCUCUACCUAGACGCUCCGGGCGCCACAAACAGCCAAAAGCGUCUCACAUUCGACACCAUGAACGAUCUCACCUCGUACCUGGAUGUCGGACUCGCCAUCGACAUUGUGCAUAAUCUGCUCAAGUCCGAGCUUUCCGGCUUUAGAGCUAUUGAACGGGAGCCGGAGCUCGAGACCUUGUUCAAGGUGGAAGCCCCGUCGGUAGAGUCGAAACCUCCGAAAAAGACGUUGAGGAUCGGAUUGCAGCUCUCUGGCCCCGGCGUAUUGAAGGCGAAGGCGUGUCCUGCGGAUGGGGAGAGUGCUGAUGAGGAGAUUGUGUGGAGCGGGAAUAAGGAUGAGGUCAGGCCUUUGAGGGAAGUCAUUAAGAAGCUGGCUGGGACGGGAAAUUGAUUGGAUUUUGAGGCACAAAUGGUAUAAUAUAUCCAGAGAAAACGUAGGUAGCUAAGAACCUAGUGCAACGGCUACGGACCAAGUAGUCUCUUCAGUAGUUGAAUUUGAAAUAACCGACGUUGAUGUUGUGCAGUAUGCAAUG